CUCUCCCCUGCUCCUCUCUCUCUCUCUCUCUCUCUCUCUCUCCCUCCCCAACUGCUCAUUCCUGUCAUGUUUGUUCUGGAUAAUGAACCCUGGUGGGAUUCUCUGUCCUGCAUCCUAACCCCAUCUCCGCAAUUGGAUUGAACCCGAGGUCUGGCAGUUUCAAAAACCCUUUUUUUUUCUUAACCGAACAGGUGGCUGGUCCUCCUAUACUGCGAGCUUGUGACGCGACUGGAUUGUGGGAGAUCGUGAUUGAAGUCUAAAGCCACCAUGUCGCCCUACGAAGAGACCCCUGAGAGCACUAGAGCUGUUAGCACUGGUAAUGACGUCGCCACCGCGCCCUUAAGCCGGAAAGCGUUCAACGCCCACCCGUCUUCCCCGAAAGGGACCAAUGGCGCCAGCAAAUGGAGGAGGAGAAGUAAAUACCGGCAUGUGGAAGCCUACCACUCGAGAGUCCGACACUCGAGCCUCAGUCGCGAACCCAAUGUGUCCGCAAGCUUCCUAGGCUUCCGGAAUCUCAUGGUGAUCGUCCUGGUGGCGAUGAAUCUCCGACUUAUCAUCGAAAACUUCAUGAAAUACGGAGUUCUGAUCUGCAUCAAAUGCCAUGACUACCGGAGGCAGGAUGUCGUUCUUGGAUCAAUCCUCUUUGCUCUGGUUCCUCUUCAUCUGUAUGUCUCCUAUCUCAUCGAGCGGGCCGCGGCCACGCAAGCCAAGCGGAGCGUUGGUCGGAAGAAGAAGGAUGGCUCAAUUGAGGCGAAUGAGCGCGAGCAGCGCGUCUUCAAAUGGACCUGGCGGCUGUCUGCGCUUUCCCAUUGCUUGAACACCCUUUGCAGCUUGGGCAUCACGAGCUUCGUCGUGUAUUUCUACGUUCACCACCCGGGUAUCGGCACUGUCUGCGAGCUCCAGGCGCUCAUUGUGUCGUUCAAGAUCUGCUCAUAUGCGUUCACCAACCGUGACCUGCGCGAGGCCAUGCUCAACCCGUCUAUCGAGUCUGCCCUCCCGGAUAUCUACUCGGCCUGUCCGUACCCGAACAACAUCACCCGAGGAAACCUGAUAUACUUUUGGCUGGCACCUACGCUAGUUUACCAGCCGGUGUAUCCCAGGUCAUCACACAUUCGGUGGUCCUUUGUCGCCAAGCGUCUGUCCGAAUUCUGUUGUCUGGCCGUGUUCAUUUGGCUCCUGUCAGCCCAAUAUGCCGCCCCCGUCUUACGAAACUCCAUCGAGAAGAUUGCUGUCGUGGACUUCGCGUCUAUUCUGGAGCGGGUGAUGAAGCUCUCUACCAUUUCCCUCAUCAUCUGGCUCGCUGGGUUCUUCGCGCUCUUCCAGUCUUUGCUGAAUGCCUUGGCCGAAGUUCUGCGGUUCGGGGACCGGGAAUUCUACACGGAUUGGUGGAACAGCCCCAGUCUCGGGGUGUACUGGCGGUCGUGGAAUCGCCCGGUGUACCUUUUCAUGAAGAGGCAUGUAUACUCGCCGCUGGUUGGCCGAGGGUGGAGCCCCCUCGCAGCGAGCACGGUUGUAUUUACGCUCUCCGCUGUUUUACACGAGGUGCUUGUCGGCAUUCCGACGCAUAACCUGAUCGGUAUGAGAUGCAUUCCCGUGGGAGCUUUUGAUGUGGACUGACUGAAACCAGGCGUGGCAUUUGCGGGUAUGCUGCUCCAACUCCCGCUGAUCAUCAUCACGGCGCCGUUAGAAAAGAUCAAAUCCCCUUUCGGAAAAGUGAUUGGCAACUCCAUUUUCUGGGUGAGCUUCUGUCUUGUCGGCCAGCCUCUGGGGGCGUUGCUGUACUUUUUCGCCUGGCAGGCCAAGUAUGGAAGCGUGAGCCGUAUGUCGGGGUAAUGGGAGAGGCAGGUGUGUGUGGCGGGCAACUGUUUCCGAUAAAUGCAAAUGAACAUUCCAUCCA